AUGUUGCAAAAACAUGUCGUUGGAUUUGCUUUUUUUUUCGGUAUUAUUAUUUUGAGUAUCAUAACUGGAAUUAAAUGUGUGUAUUUGAAAAGACAGAUUAAUGAGCAUUUAUUUGAAACUUCACAAAAUAAAUAUCCUAGUUUUUUUUUAGAAAAUAAAUAUAAUAUAAAAAAUAAAACUUUUUUUAAAAACCAUAAAAAGAUAAAAUACCAUAACAAAAGAGAAAGUGAAAAAAAAAGAAACAAGCCAUAUUUGCUGUAUGGUCAUAAAAAAAAAAAUAAAAAUAAUAUUGGCAAUAAAAAUAAUGACGAUAAAAAUUUAGAACAAACUUUAAAAACUAAAACAUCGACAAAAUGGAACCAAACGAAUAAAAAUGAAAAAGGGAAAGGUGGUGAAAUAAAUUAUGACGAAGAUGAUGAGGAAAAUGAAAUAAAAGCAAAAAAAGCAAAAAAAGCAAAAAAAAUAGAAAAAGCAAUUUCAAAUGAUAUUAAAGAAGAAAUAAAAAAAAAAAAUAAUGAAACAUUAACACUCAAAAAUUGUAGUAUAAAAAAAAAUAAAUUAAAUAAUCUUAUGAACCAAAAUGAAGAGAAUAAUUCUACACAUGACCAAGUUGAAAAUGGAGAUGAAGAUGAAGAUGGAGAAGAAAAUGAAGAUGAAAAUGAAGAUGAAAAUGAAGAUGAAAAUGAAGAAGAAAUAAUUAUUACAGAAGACGAGUUUGAAAACUUAAGUAAAUUAUGUUCUGAAAAAAUGAAUAAAAUUUAUGACCAUAUAAAAAAAGAAUCAUACAGAUUUAAUUUAAAUAAUGUUUCAAGUGCAAUGUUUGAAAGUGAGAGAGUAAAAAUAAAUGAACAGAUAUAUACAAUAAAUCAUAUUUGCCAUAUAAAAAAAAAAGAGAAUUUAUUUAUUAUAACUCCUUAUGAUCCUUAUUUUGUUAAUUUUAUUUAUAUUCAUUUUACUAAAGAAUAUAAUGAACUAAAAUUUUAUAUAAAAGAUAAAUCAGUAUAUGUUGUUAUACCACCUUUAUCUGAACAUUUAAAAAAUGAAAUUAAAAAUAAAAUUAAAGACAAAAUAGAAGAAUCAAAAAUAACUCUAAGAAAUGUUCGAAAAAAAUUUAUGAAUAAAUUGGAAAAAAUUAAAAAUUAUAUUGGAAAAGAUAUUUAUUUUAAACAAAAAAAUCAUAUUCAAAGUUUACAUGAUCAGACAAAAAAAAAUAUUGAAAAAAUAUUCAAUGAAGCGAUAUAA